AUGAUUGCUAGAGACGUCAUCAUGGCAACAACCGAUGAGGACAUUGCAUAUAGGCUCCUCACUGCUUACGACAGUAUUAGGAAGUUAAAAAUUCGAUUAGCCAAAGAGAAUGCCAGCCAAGAAGUGCCGACUGAAUCAAGAGAACUCGAAAGAGUCGAUUAUAUAGAACAAAAAAUCAAGUCUCUUGACAGGGAUUUUGACCGACUUGGACGAAUGAUUGAAGAAUACAUGAGCUCUGACGAGCUCGAAGGCUGGAGUGACAGAACCGACGCAGUCUGUUACGACAGAGGAUCGCCACUUGACGAGCUCUACGGGUUGGAUCAAGAACUUGACAAUCAUAACGACGAGCUUGGAGAAAUGAAACGAAGAUUUGGGCUGGAGUAG